AAUGUGUUAGUUAAUAGAGUAAUAGAAAGUAUGAUCAAUUAAGUAUGAUAAGAAUAGUUCUAUGAUUGUUACAGAGAGUAGUUCAAAUAAUUAAAAGCAGAGAGAAAGAGUAGAAGCCAAAAAUAACAAAGAAAUUCAUUAAACAAUAAGGAAAAAUAAAAGAAGGAUUUAGUUUUGAGAACUCCUAACCUAAUCAAAUCUAUUUUAGAGCAUUCUAAUAUUCAACAGAAAAGAUGGGUUUACAUUUAAUAUAUUAAAAACACCCAUCUCAUCAAUACAAUAAUAGAAUGUCUGAGCAACCAUCAGUUGAUAAUUUUUGAUUUAAGAACUAAGAGGAGGCAAAGCCUUUUUCUUUUUAGCAGGUAUCAAUAAGAUAUUUAGCAGAUUAAAAUUAUAAUAAACUCGGCUUUAAAUUGUAUCAAGAAUUAGCGGAUAGUAAAAUAUUCUACAGGCAUCUUCAAUUACCAAUUUUUUUAAUAAUAAAUCUGA